AUUACGGAUCUAUUUGAUGACUACACAGUUAUAACUGAUUGCUGAUGAAAUCUUCUGUUACGAUGUAUGUAUGGAAAUUGAAGAAGGACAGAAUGCAUGGCAGUUUAUAAACACUGAGGCAAUCAUGACCGUAAUAAAAUAUAUCUUGCUCUUAACAGAGAUUUUAUUGCUUAUACUGAAAUUUUUAUAUUAUAUUUUCCACGAUAUAUACACAUUAAUAAGACCAAUAAAGAAAAAGAGCGUAGCUAAUGAAAUCGUUUUGAUAACGGGCGCAGGUCAUGGUAUCGGAAAGGAAUUAGCGAUUGGUUAUGCUUCGUUAGGAGCAACAGUAGUAU